UUUCAAUCUGUUCUGUGACUUGAAAGUUGAAAGAUUCUUUUUAUAAAGAAUAAGAAUGGUCACUAACAUGGAAGAGAUGUAAACAAAUAAAGAUAAUUUUAAAUUAGUCUCAAUGGAUUCAUAAUGAAGAAUUUGAAAAGUGUUUCAGUGCAAGUUGUCAACAGCGAUUUAGCUUUGCUGUUACCUAAUGGUGUCUAUGAGAUCAAACAAAUGGAAAGCAGGUCCUCCAGAUUAAAGCAAAUAUGUCUUUUUUGCUUGGUGUUGUGUAUUUUUGGGAUCUUCGGGUUUGGAUAUUUUUGUCCAGAUAAGGUCUGUGCACUGAGCUCGCGGGAGGCUGUGUAUGUUGAUGAUAAUUUAGGAAAACCGUUGGCUCACACGAGAUCCAAAGUGGGCCUAAGCUACGACGAUAUGCUUAACGAUGAUUUUACCUUCGAUAUGGAUUCGCACGACGUCGUCGUGUUUCUUCAUAUGCAGAAAACAGGUGGUACAUCAUUCGGAAAACACCUUGUCCACGAUCUGGAUUUGAAACGUCCAUGUACGUGUCCUAUAAGCCGCAAAAGAUGUUAUUGUUUUCGGCCUCAUUCGAAUCAAAGUUGGUUAUUCAGCCGAUACACGACAGGAUGGAAAUGCGGCCUACAUGCCGAUUGGACGGAAUUGACGACUUGCGUCGAUGAAAAAUUAGACGAGCUUGAAGAUGUAGUUAAGAGAAGAUAUUUUUAUAUAACGCUGCUGAGGGAGCCCGUAGCCAGAUACUUAUCAGAAUUCCGCCACGUGCAAAGAGGAGCAACCUGGAAAGGAUCCAGACAUUUUUGCAACGGACGGUUAGCCACAGAUAAGGAAGUGCCUCCUUGUUAUAAAGGAGAGGAUUGGGAGGGCGUCAAAUUAGACGACUUUAUGAACUGUCAGAGCAAUUUAGCCGUUAAUAGACAGACUAGGAUGUUGUCCGACUUGGAACUUAUAGGUUGCUAUAACAAAACGUAUAUGCCACAAGCCGAACGUGACAAAAUCAUGUUGGCCAGCGCUAAGAAGAACCUCCUCGCCAUGGCCUUCUUCGGACUAACAGAGUACCAGAAGAUUUCCCAAUAUAUCUUCGAAGAAACCUUCAAUCUCAGAUUCGCAAUUCCUUUCGAACAAAACAACGCGACGGUCUCCAGCUACACCCUAACAACUCUAACGUCAGCUCAGUCCGAGAAGAUUAAGAAGUUGAACAAUUUGGACUUGGAGCUGUACAGUUUCGCUAAGAAAAUUUUAUUCGAGCGGUUCGAGAGGUUAAAAAGUCGCGAUGCGGACUUCAAGGGCCGGUUCAAGAAUCUGGGAGUGUUGAACGUGAAGCAAGGGCCUACCGAAUUCGAUUGGGAUAAAUUGGAGGAUCCUACGGAUUCUCCUUAAGUCUAAGGGCAGCUCAAAUAAAGUCUGAUAUUAGAAGUGCCAUGAUUCCCCGUUUUUCUAUGAAAAAUAAUUGUAAGGGUUGUACAGUGUGAACGGAAGACGCAUUUUGGUUAGAUGCGUAGCCGUUAGAUGGAGGUAGUCUUAGGUUUCUGAGUUUCGAAACGAUUUUUUUAACAAACAUCAGCUUAUUUUGUCUUCCCUACUAUCUAAGUAUUUUUAACUUAUUUAUUACAUUGAUUUGAAUAUUACAACACUAAAUAUAUAAAACUUAUGGGGACUUUAAUCAGGAAAAAGGCAAUUUUUAAAUAUUUUUAAAGAAAAAAGUAUUAUAUUUAUAUUUAUAAUUUUUUUAUAAAUUGUUAAGAAGGUUUCGAGGUAUACAAAAAAAAAUUGCAGUUUUAGUUGUUUUUCAUCACUGCAGAGGGCGUCUUCCAAAAGAUACAUUUUAAUUUGGGAGACAUUUUUCUGCCUUCCUGUAACAGUUUUUUUAAUACCAACGGUAUUCAAUUUGUGAGACUUAAAACUGAUAAAUAAACCUUUAAAAAGUUUUUUAUAUAUUUUUUAUGGCCUUUACACGCAAUUUUAUAAAGAGUUCGAAAAACGUCUUGUUGUGAGGGUGAAUUUACUCCUGUACUAUUUUUUUACUUUUAUGUUUAUUUAGUAGUACUUAGUUAAAAAAAUUUUGGUUUACUGAGAUUGGUGUAGCAGAUUCUGAGAAAAACGUCGUCUCCCAGUGUUGAAAAAUGUGAUUCCUAAAAAAACGCGUUUAAAGUAUUUUUACUGUAAUUUUAUCGAAUAAAAUGGUCAUAUUUAUUUUUUCCUCUAAUUAGCGAUUUCUGGAGCAUAUUGGCUGCACUCACUGUCCACACGUGCUCGCUUUAUACGUUUUAGAGAACUGAACUGUCAAGUUGCAGCUGCACAGGUCAGUCAUCGCGCGCGUUGUUGUACACAAACGCGUUUUAGCACAGGUAGGUACCGUAAUAAAUACAGCUAUAACUUCGUUUCUAUUUCUAAAUUCUUAAUACAAUUUUAGGAUAAUAUUUCUAUGAUACUAAGAAAUGUUUUUACGUAAAAAAAACCAAAAAUCGAUUUUUUUUAUGUAGAAAGUAAAAGUCCCUUUAAUAUUCUUAAGAAUUAACCUAAAAAUAUGUUUUUUUCAUGAGACUACCUCCACUAGUAAGUGUUAGAAAGUGUGCAUUAUAUCAGAAUACGAUUUUAAAUUAACGUUGAAGGCAUUUUGUGUUAAAUAUAACUUGUUUAUUAUAAGAAGACGCUGACGUUGUUUCACGAACCUAUGAUAAUUUCCAAAUGAAAUUUGUCUGUAUGUAUGUCCUAUGGGAAAUUGUAAAAGGGCCAUUUUAAUACAUUGAAUUUAUAUAGUUGCUCCAUUAUAUCUUUACACAAACGUCAUGAUUCAUUUGCAAACACGUUAAAUCAAGACAUUAAGUGAAACGUAGGUCCAAUUGAUAUUCUUGUUCUCAUGAUCAUUUUUCAGUGCGUCAUUAAUUAUGACGUCAUAUACUGUAUUGGCUGUGUCGAGACUUAUUUCAUGUAAUUAUUGACGAAUCUGACAGAUGCCACAAUCGUACUUAGCCAUAGGUGAAAAGCUUGUGGAAUUAGUAAUUUAGUAGAUUUGAUUUUUACACAAUAUGUUAACAUGUAGGUAUUUUUUAUAAAGGGGAAUAUAAUUAAAAAGUAAACAAUAUUGUUAAUUAAAUUUAUAAAUAUGGAAACAUUAAAAAAUGACACAAAACUAUCCAUAAACUGUGUUUUUAUCUUCUUCUCUAGGUGCUGUCUCCGCUUCAAAAGUUAGCAAUCAUCAGAGAGAUCUUUAUUUCUGAAACAGCGGCUCUAAAUAAUUCAUUGUUAUUACAUCCAAACCAGUUCCUAAGAUUCUUCAGCCAUGAGUUACGUCUCCUUACUAUGGAUCUUUUUCUUGCAUAAUGAUCUGGAGUAUUAGAUAUACAUCUCUCAUCACAUGUCCCAUAUAUCUCAGUUUUCUUCUUAUUUGUUAGUUUUCGUUCCUUAUGCGUAAGUCUCAUUACCUCCACGUUGGCUAUUCUAUCUACUCAUGAGAUAUUUAGCACUCUUCGGUACAUCUCGAAUGUCUCUAGUCUCCUCACGUCAAUGACUAACUUUUAACGAACUAAAUUUGAAACCAAAACACAAAAUAAUGCACAAAGACGUUGUGAAACACAAGUGAAGUCGAAUUCGAAAUUUCAAAAUGACAGGUACACAAAAUACUGACCUGAAUAAUAACCGUCACUUGACUCUUUGACACUUCUAAAAAAUGGCCAAAAUGGACGAAGUUUUCGUCAAAUGUUCGUAAUACGUGUAUUUGAUUGGCUAGAAAAAACGCGCAUUCUAAAUAUCAACGAAUCAAACGUAGGUUAGGAAUAGACAUCUUAUGUAUAUAACCAUUGUAAUGCUGCAUUAUUUUUGUGUUUAAUCACGGAGCUACCGCUUUUUCCGUCUCAUCUAACUUAAUGCAUUAGAGAGAAAUCGAAAAACUGUGACGCACUGAAAAAUGAUCAUGAGAACAAGAAUAUGUAUUGUCAAUGCAAUAAUUAGGAAAUGGUUAUUAUCGGUGGACGUAUUUUAUAAAGUUGUAUUGUACAUUUCUAUUUAACUAUGAUUUUAUUAACAUUUCAACGUCCACAUCGGACGUCGUUGUCAAAAUACAAAAUAUUAAUAAAUUAACAAAAAUAUUGUUGCUUAGUAAAAAAUUCUUCUAAUAAUUUAAUUUAAUCUGACUGAUUUAUAUCGGCAAUUCAGACAUAUAUUAUACAUUUUAAAGUAGAAGACUUUAAAAUUAUAUUGCCAAUAUUUAUGAGUUGCGUUUUUAUUUCCCAUUUAGAAUAGUUAAUUACACAAAUGCCACAAAGAAAUAGCUUCUGAACAACAUUGUACAGUGUGUCCACGGAUGGGGUGCCCAAGAGGAAAAACUUUCUUAUUUUCAGUUUAAGCGAAAAUGGUCAUUCUUGAUAAAAAUUUUUGCUUGUCCUAAAACCUCAUACAACGAAAUAAAAUUCAAGUUUUUCAAAACCUGCUUAAUUUUGUAGCCAAUUUUAUGCAAAUCCCUAUAAAUUUUUGCACCAAAUUCAAAAUCAUAACAAUAAUCUAGUGUUGUUAAGCUACAAUGUAGCUUAGUAACUGUCAACUCCGAUAAAUAAUUUGCGAAUUGUCAUUCUUUUUCGACAAGAAAAUGUUAAGCAUCCAAUCAUAAUUUUUUUUUUGAACACUAAGCAUUGUCGAAAAGAAUGACAAUUCACAAAUUAUUUAUCGGAGUUGACAGUUACUAAGCUAGGUAUAUUGUAGCUUAGGCAACAUUGUAGCUUAGCAACACUAGUUUAUUGUUACGAUUUGGAACUUAGUGCAAAAAUGUAUAGUAAAUUUACAUAAAAUAGGCUACAAAAUUAAGCAGGUUUUGAAAAACUUGAAUUUGAUUUCGUUUUAUGGGGUUUUAGAAUAAGCAAAACUUUUAUCAAGAAUGACAUUUUUCGCUAAAAUUCAAAACAAGAAAGUUUUUCCUCUUGGGCACCCAAUCCGUGGACAACUGUAUAAUAUAUUUAACACAAUAUAGCUUUAUAAAAUAAACAACAAUAUAAGUUGUCACAAAUUCCAAUAAACACAACAAAUGCUCUAAUGUCACUGUCACUGAAAAUGAUAAACGUCAAAAUUCAUAAUAAACAAGGUAGGUAUUAAAGACAUGCCGUAUUGUUUAUCCUUGUUUAACUUAUUGAGGUUUCUACUGACAAGCGGUUUAAUUGUGCGAUAGUAGUUCCUGUGAAUAAAAAAGAGACCUAGUAUAAAAAGUAAUUCGUGAAUAAUUACAUGCACGUGCAAAGAUAGAAUGGAAGAACUAUAGCUAAAUUUACUUCAUUUGGAUGGUGCUUAAUAUUGUCAGUUGUAGAUUGAAAAAUUUCUUUGAAUGUAUCUCUAGGCAUCUCCGUAAACAAAGCAAAGCGGAGAACUAUUGUUAGUCAAUGUUUUGUCAGUUUUUUGCUAAUAGAAAAAUAAUCUAUGUAAUUUUCUCUUAAAACGAUUUUUAUCAAAAUCUACACAUUCACAUAAUGCUAGUUGUGACGUCAUUGUCUACUUAAAGUAAAUAGAGUAUAAAUAUAUUUAUAUACGGCAUUUGUCAAACUUGGUGAACCAACGACGUAAAAUUUACGAAGUAAAGUGCAUUAAAUGCUUGGCAAGAUUUUGAAAAGACAAAAUAGUGGCUCACUAGGUUUAUAGUUUGCUGAAAAACUUAAAUAAAUUAUAUUUAUAUGUGAGAUAUAUUUAUGAGAUGUUAGAAUAACAGUAAAGAGCAUGUUUUCCGUUAAGUAAAUGUGUCAGCUAUGUAAGCAAUUUAUACAUAGUAUGUAAAGGAUACUUUAAGGGAUUUUAAACAUCCCUUAUAACUGGAAAUAAUCCUUACUGUUUUUACUGGUGAUUUUCCUAUUGUUGUUUUCGACUUGCACACCUAUUUCUUUUACGAAAAUAAUAUGUUCAUAUCACUUGAUGUGUUAGAAUUUUUAACAUAUUAUCCACUAAAGAAAGUGAGAUGUUUUUUUUCGUGGUGAAUUUGAAUUAUUCUUCUUUACUGUUAAUGUGUAUCAGAAAUUUAUUUACUGCUUCUGGUCCGUGAGGCCAAAUGGAGAACACACAUCAUCUACAUAUCUCCACCAUACUGGGGGUUGUUGGUGAAGUUUAUGCACAUUGUUUUGUUCGAAUUCAUCGAUGAAAAUGUCUGCUAAUAAUGGAGAGAAGCAUAAGCCCAUGGCUUGUAGUGGGGUGAGAGUGUUCUUCUUUGGUAGUCUGUCAGGUUUUCCUUGAAUUUAAUGUCAUAAACAUUUCCUGAAUACAGGUCAUAAAUUUAAUCACAUAUUCUGGGACCAAAAAUAGUUCGAUAAGACCUAACUUAUCUUAGUACAAAUGUGCACAUAAAAAAAGUUACAACCUUUUGAAGUUACAAAAUGAAAACUAUUAGACUUUUUAUUGAAAAUGGACAUGUGGCAUUCUUAUGGCAGUAGCAUCUUAAGAAAAAAUAAUAGUAAAAUUUGGACACCCCAUAAAAAUUUUAUGGGGGUUUUGUUCCUUUAAACCCCCCCAAACUUUUGUGUACGUUCCAAUUAAAUUAUUAUUGUAAUACCGUUAGUUAAACACUGUGUUUUUAAAAUUUUUUUGCCCCUAGUACUUUUUCGAAAAGUCAGUUUUUAUCGAGAUAUUUUGAAUAUUUGUCAAAUCGACCACAUAUUUGUAUAUGGUUAAGUACGAUUAUGGAGACUUGGUAAUAAUAUGAAAAUUUAUGUAUGAUUUACAUUUUUAGGUAUAUUUUGAACCGUAUAUUAAAAAAGCUACAUCUCGAUACAAGGUGCCUUCUCGAAAAAAUACAAAGAGGCAAAAAAGUUUUAUAAACACUGUGUUUAACUAAUGGUACCACAAUAAUAAUUUAAUUGAGACGUACACAAAAGUUUGGGGGGGGGGGGCUUAAGGGAACAAAACCCCCAUAAAAUUUUUAUGGGGUGCACAAAUGUCACUAUAAUUUUUCUUUAAGAUGUUCCUGCCAUAAGAAUGCCACAUGUCCAUUUUCAAUAAAAAAUCUCUAAUAGUUUUCGAUAUAUUCGAAAAAAUCGAUUUUCAUUUUGUAACUUCAAAGGGCUGUAACUUUUUUUAUGUGCAUAUUUGUACUAAGGUAAGUUAGGUUCAUUCGAACUAUUUUUGGUCCCAGAAUAUGCGAUUUAAUUUAUGACCUGUAUUUUUGUUUCACCCUGUAUAAUGUGUUUUCUAGCGAUUUGGUUGGAUCUUUUUUUAGUUGUGUGUAAGGUCCAUUUGCGACCGAUUCUUGGAUUUUCUCCUAUUAUAGACUCUUUUAAGAGAUUUGAUAGCUUUGAGUUCCUUUUUACUAACGUUUGAUUUUGUGCUUUUCUUCAGUUCACUUUUACACAGUACUCUAUUCCUCUGUUUCGUUUGUUGGUAGUUCUUCACAGACUUUUUCAACCGCACUAAUUAUGUCUAGUUUGUGAACGUUACAGCAUAAUUUCGACCAGUGGUUCUCAACCUUUUUGAGUCAAGUACCACCAAAUUAUUUUUGGUACCACUUAACUGAAAUACCUACCUCGUAACUAGGUAAUCUAAGCAACUCUAAUUUAUAUGCUGGAAUUUUAAAGAAUAGAUAAAAAAUUCAACAAGAGUAAAAAGUUCAACAAACCAAUUAGUGAGAAGGUUGUGUUUGGGUAUUUCCACAUAACUUGUUAUUAUCUGAUUCAGUGUUGCUCAGAUAUAGUCGAAGAUCAGAUUCUAUAUUAUUGUUAAGUUCUUAAAUAUUUAGCAUUGCGAAAAAUCCAUUCUCGCACAGGUGUGUUGUCGAAAAGUGUAUAAGUAUUUUAAAAGCGCGUUUUGCAAGAGAAUGGAAAUCAAAAUUCUCUUCUCUGUUAUUUAUUAUUGCGGUGCUGAUUUUGGCGGUCUUGUCUUUUUGCGUUUUGAGUACCAUCGCAAUUAAUGAUAUGUACCACCAGUGGUACAUGUACCACAUGUUGAGAACCGCUGAUUUAGACCUUUGAGAGCAUCUCACUUAAUGGGUGCGUUCGGACGACCAUAUCGGCUGGCGGUCAGCAGAAAUCGGCUGAGUGGUUGUAUCCAGCCGUGAUAGGGAAAGCUUAGUAAAUCUCUCAGCGGCUGGCUUCCAGCGGUGACAUCUGACAGCUACUGCUGGCUCAGCUGUCCAGCCGCUGUGGUCGUCCGAACGCACCCAAUGAAGAGCACCUUGCUUAAUGCAGAAAAAUGUGUAGCAAAUCCAUCAGCAGAAUGUAUACAAUUAUACGUAAUACAUAUACAACAAACAAUACAUAAAUACACAAAAAAAUCAUAAUUUGAUUAUCCUUUCGAUUAUUAUAUGGUUAUCCUGAAAGUACAAACACCACUUUCAAAACUAGCAGCAUAGCUGUUUGCUAUUUAAUGUACAGUCGGAAAAAUGAAAGAAUGCCCAUGAACGAUCACAUCAAUCACUUAUUUUGUAUUUGCUGUCCUUUUCUAUAUAUAACAAACGUUUGCUAUAAAAAAAGAAGCAAAUACAAAAUAAGUGAUUGAUGUGAUCGUUCAUCGGUAUUCUUUCAUUUUUCCGACUGUAAUUUUUAUCACAAUCACAUUAUGGCUUACGACAUGCCACAAGAAAACAGUUUAGAACCUUUUUAUGUAAGCUAUUUUCUUGUUAUUCUUAACAUCUCAUAGUAUAUGCAAUUUUAGACGCGUAUUUUAGUAUUUGUAAUCCAUAUGUUUUUAAUCUCCGCUAUCUUAGCACCUCAUAGUAGCAUAUUUGCAUCAUCAACAAUGUCAAAAAAAGUGAUUUGUCCUGUAGCUGAACAGUAUUUUUAUUAUUAUGUGUCACCGGAAGGUGACAUUAUUGCGUUCGCGGGUACAGUGGACAAAUUGUCGCCGACAAUUUCUAACCUCACUCAAUAUAAGUAAUACUGUUAGUAGAUAAAUAUACAAGGUAUAUUUACUUUUAAUUAAUAAUAAUAACUACUUAUUAAAUUAUACUAGGUAAAUAUAUAACGGGUAGUUCUUUCAAGAUGAUAGACUCAGUAAAACACAAGUUAAAAAUAAAGUAAAUAUAUUAAAGAUAAUUAUAUACAGUUUAAAACAAAUAAAAUAAAAUAUAAUUCCGUCUUCUGCAAAGGAAAAACAAUAUUAAACUGUAUUACAGUUAUCCGAUUAUAAUAGCAACAUUAAAAUAAUACGAUAAACAGUAUAUUUAUAUAUAAUAAAAAUCUCGCUACGUUAAAUCAAGAUAGCCCUAUAUUCCGAUCCGGAGAUUAUUCCUCGCUACUACCGCCUACUGCGAUAACGAUCAUGGCAAGACCCACGUCACUACUGUGGCGUCCGCCUAGGCAUAGUCCCACCUCACAUACGGUGCAUCUUUUGCCAAGCCAGCUAAUGCUGGUUCAAUACGCUAGCAGCAGCUGUUGAGCCAUGGUUAGUUCAAUUCGCUAGCCACGACUGAUUUUAUCAUUCACCUGGCUCGCCUUAAAUAUGCUCUUGCUGCCACUACUUCUUCAAUUUCUCCCAGCGGCGCUAUGCGCCAACACGGAUGCUCCUCCGGUCGUCUCUGGUAAAACAGCUCAUCGCUUGUGGUGGCAUCACAUCGGUACAAAUAUACUUUAUUUAUCUAUUAACGAUAUUGUUUAUUUCAUUUUAAAGUGCGCAUGCGUUUUGCUGCUAAUUUGUCGCCGACAGGCACCCGCGAACGCACUUAUAAUACCGAAACUACUAUUAGAAAAAGUUUAAAAGUCGACUUGUCUGAGUGAUUUUGUUUUAUCGUAAAAAUAAACAACUUGACAGAGGGUAAGGUUCAAACGCUGUGGAUCUACGCUGCAGCGCUACGCUGUGGAUCCACAAAGUAGUUUCUGAUGAUUGGCCGUGGGUUCUUGUGUGGAGUGGACGUUCCAUCCCAGACGAGCGACUAUGGCUGGCCAUUGUCGCUCGUCUGGGAUGGUACGUUUGAUUUGCAUGGAAAUUUACGGCUAAUCAUCGGAAAAUACUUUGUGGAUCCACAGCGUAGCGCUGCAGCGUGGUCAGUCUGUUUUGAACCUAAGACUUUAUCUCCUCACUGCAUAUAAGGUAUUGCGAUUGCGGAACUAAUUUUAUUAAUUUAUUUUUCUCGAAUAAGGAAAAGACACCCUUUUUUAACUUAUGCAUCCUUUUUAACGCAAAUUAGUCCUAUAAGAGAACAUGUACCUUGCUGUCCGUUAUUUUAAUACGUAUUUUAUUCAGAUCGGUAAGUUAUAUACAUAAGAAAUUGUUGUUUUAAAAAGACAAAAACAAAUAAAAUAGGUUACUUUUUAUACUAGAUAAUUUCAUAUUUCGGUUGUUAUAUUAGGCUAUAAAAGACACAUCGAAAUAGUUUCACGUAGGAUAAUUGAAACACCAGUGAAUGUACACUACAAAGAACAAACUAUUGCUAAAUGAAACAUUAUUUGUGUUAAAUUUAGGUAUUAAUUAUCAAUUGGUACAAACUGUCAUGAAAAUAUUUAUGAUUUUUAUCAAAGCUCAACACUGUCAUGCUGUCAUCGCAUUUGAAUGUAUAUAGAAGGCUUUAUAAUUGUUAAAUUGUUACAAUUUCAAUUCUUCUAAUUUAUAAUGAAUUUUAACACUUAAUUUAUUUAGUUUUUAUUUAAUUUAUUUGCACACAUUAUUUACAAUAAUUUAUAUAACACAUUUUACUAUAAUUUAUAUACAUUUGUAAAACAAUAUAAAACGGAUUUAAGCGCGCACAACUACAAUCAUAAUAUCAAUCCCUACAAGACUUUAUUCUCUAUUUAUAUAUUUUAUUUCGCUCUGGAACCAUCGGAGCCGGCCCUAAUCUAGAAAUUUCCAGUCCAGUUAGAAUAAUUGUGAAGUCCGCUCAUCGUAUAAAUCUGUACCUGGAACGCGUAGAGCCUUCUUCAAUGAACUCGUAUUUUUCUCGUCUAUCACUGGUUCUCGGAUCCACACACUAUAUUUUUUAAUAUAUAACAGGGGUCUCAUGUAACCGACAAGACAAAUCCCAAAGCUGAUGACUGAGUCUCAAUAGAUCGCAGUGUGGAAACUGCUCUACCAGAUACCGAAGAAAUAUUCUUCUUGAGAAUAUCUCUAAAUUGAAGCACAACUUUCACUUACUGGCUUCUACAAUCCAAUAUAUCACUGCACGCCUCUCAAAACACUAUCGGGCGUGACUCAAAAAAGUAUACUCUAGCUAGAGGUUGACUAACAAACAUGGUCCGCUCUUCUCAAAGCCGACCCUGAAAUUGAAGUUGCUUCUCAAUAAAGGUUCCUCCCGGGAUUAUACCCCAUCAAAUCAAACGACAAUCGUUUAUGUAAUAACAAACUCGAUAUACUGGACAAAUUUUUAGAAUAGAUGUACAAGAGGUUGUCAGCAGCGUUGCAUUAAUUCGUCCUUAAAUCCGUAGAAUUGAGCGAUGCAUAGUUGCCACAUUUAAAACUAAGCUUUUAAUCCAAUAUUAAAGUUACAUAAUAGAUUCUUGACAGUUUGUUCCAAUUGUUUUAUUGUAAGUUUAUUAAAAUAUUUAACAUUACCAAAGAUUUAGUAAAUAACGUUAAUUUUAUUGUGCAAUUAUCCCAACAAAUCGUUUUGAAACAUUCUAAAUACGGUAGGUAUCUGUAGUAUUAAAACAAUUUGUUUAUGCAUGUCUUUAUAUUUAUUUGAUAUUAUGUACCUACACUGGGACCAUCACAUCAGAGAAGAGUUUGCAAGUGCUUUGUUGGGAUAUUAUUCAAAUUAGGUAUAAGUUUGAUAUAUUAUUAAUUUUUUAUAUCUUUCAAGUUUUCACUGCCUUGGAAUUCAGCAAGACUCAUAGGGCACUAUUAACAUGACAUGACUCCUCCAUAUUGUUUUGACGUUAUGAUUUUCACUGAAUUAUCAUACAGGGUGGGGCAUUAGUGUGACAAAGUCCAAUUACUCGUUUGUCGUAAGAGAUACGAAAAAAAAUAUUUAGGUAAAAGUUGGGGUACAUAUGGGACCAUAAUUUACAAAUAUUUUCCAAUAUACAGGGCCACCCGUAUUGACGGGGUGCACAAACUUAUGUUUUUUUAAAUGGAACACCCUGUAUAUUUUUACAUUUUUAGAUUCUCCUCGAUGUCUUAUUUCAUAAAAUAUGGGGUUUUGUAAUAUUAUACGAGGUAGUUUAAAAGGUAAUUUUUUUUUUGUUAAUUUCGUAGCAAUAUUCAAACCCGGUAGAAUUGAAGGGAUUUAACAUUAAAAUUUCUAUUUAUGUUCAAACAAAUUUUAAUACAAUCUACUAUUGUUAAAUAUUAUUAAUAUAGCGAAAUGUUUAGCUUGGGAGCAGUCGCGCUCACUUCUGUCACGUAAGUAGUCAAGCGUAGAGAAAAAAUCUCACAAUACAAAUUUAAAUACGAAUUUAAAACAAAUUUCUAUUUUAUAAUAUUUUUAUUUACUUGUCAUGUUAAAAAUAUCUAUUUCUAACAAUUUGAAAGCUAAUUGGUUCUCACCAAAGCCAUAAAUUCCACAAAAAAAAAUUAAAAAAAUGUUGCAAAAUUUUUCAUUAAGUUAUCACGGAAAAGGAUAAAAUGUGAGAUUUUUUCUAACGGCGCGACUGCUCCCGGGUUAAUUUUAGUAUACAGCGUUGGUCGAAACUCGAAUGAGUAUUUUCUGAGUUUUCUUAAAUGGAACACCGUGUAUUUUAGUAUUGUAAUGAAAUGAGUUAUUCGUGAUUUUUAAAGUCAAACAUUAAUUGCAACAAAAAUUACGUGAAAUGUUAUUAAGUGGCCGUGAAAAUAUUCAGUCAUAAAUCAUUUUUCGAGAAAAAAUACAUAUUAAUCUAUACUGAUCAUUUAUAUAUCAAUAUUGGUUGAUCUAUCAAAAUACCUACGUAGUUAAGCGUGUUGGUGCGUAAAAUAUUAAUAAAAACACAAUAUUCUACCUAGUUGGCUAUGACACUAAACUUGCUUAAACAUUUGACAUUAUACUAUUUUUAUAGUUUUAGUAGCUUUGUUUGUUACUAUUACUAAUAUGAACUUUUCUAAUGAGGAACUAAUGAAUAUCUUUUUUCUGCUAGGAGAGUAUAACAAGAAUGUGCUACUAGGAAUAAUAAAAAUUUACCGUCAGCAAUUCCUUGAUCGAUGACAACCAAGAAGGGAAGGUUUUGAAAGUUUACUAGAACAGUUUCAACGGACUGGAUACUAAGAUUACGAGAAAUCUGAUCGAACAAAAACUAUUGUAAAUGAGUAAAAUUGUAAAUGAGUAAAAUGGAUUAAAUGUAAUCCUUAGUGUCACUGAGGAUCUGCAUAUUAGUACGACCGUUCUCAUAAUCUAAGUGACAGGUAUGUUGAAGUUGAAAUCGUUUUAGUAAACUUUCAAAAGUAGUUUAUCUUCUUGGUUGUCGUCUAUCAGAUAAUUGCUGAUAAUAAAUUCUUAUUGCUAAAGUAGAAGCCAUAGUUAGAAUACAGUGCAGGUAGCAUAGGGCAAUUUAUUUCUUACCGGAGAACGGCCGACCACGUUGCCGGUUUUCCAUUAGGACGGGAUUUAAGAAUCAUAGCACUGGAAUAUACGCGUACACAACAAUUGCCUAUGGUUGUAUACACGCACCUACCACUGUGCCAACAUGAGCGGCAUCCAUGCGCGCCGUAAGACUAACACUGCAUUCUAACUCUGGCUUUUACUAUAGUAGCAAAUUUUUGUUAUACUAUCCUAGCACAAAAACCACAUUAAUAAGUUCCUUAUUAGAAAAAUUCAUAUUAGUAAUGGUAACAACGCAACUGGAACUAUAAAAAUAGUAUAAUGUCGAAUGUUUAAGCAAAUUUAGUGUCAUAGCCAACUAGGUAGAAUAUUAUAUGUUUUUUAUAAUAUUUUACGCACCAGCAAGCUUAACUACGUAGGUAUUUUGAUAUCAUAACCAAUAUUGAUAAAGGAUCAGUCUAGAUUAAUAUGUAUUUUUUUUUGGAAAAAUAUUUUAGAUUUAAUAUUUUCAUGGCCACCUAAUAAAAUUUCACGUAAUUUUUGUUGCAAUUAAUGUUUGGCUUAAAGAAUCACGAAUAACUCACAAAUUAAAGCACUUAGGUAUAGGGAAUGCUUAAGAAAUAAAAAAGUACCCUACAAUAUCAUUCCAUUACAAUACUAAAAUACAGGGUGUUCCAUUUAAGAAAACUCAGAAAAUACUCAUUCCAAGUUUCGACCAACCCUGUAUACUAAAAUUAAACAUUUCGCUAUAGUAAUACUGUUUAACAAUAGUAGAUUAUAUUAAAAUUUGUUUGCACAUAAAUAGAAAUUUUGAUGUUAAAUUACUACAAUUCUACAGGGUGUGAAUGUUGCUACAUUAACAAAAAAACGUAAUUAUCUUUUAAACUACCUCAUAUAAUAUUACGAAAACCCAAUAUUUUAUGAAAGAAGACAUCGAGGUGAAUCUAAAAAUGUAAAAAUAUACAGGGUGUUCCAUGUUCCAUUUAAAAAAAGUUUGUGUCACUCUGUCAAUACGGAUGGCCCUGUAUAUUUGAAAAUAUUUUUAAAUUAUGGUUCUGUCUGUGUCCCAACUUCUAUCUAAAUCAUUUUUUCUUCGUAUCUCUUACGGCAAACGAGUAAUUGGAUUUUGUCCCACUAAUGCCCCACCCUGUAUAUAAUGUUGUUAAUUUACUCCAUGUGUCUUGCUGUACUAAAAAACUGGAUUUGAAUUAUUUAAUGAUUAACAAGUGCUCAAACUACUAAAACAAUAAGAGUCUCCAUUAUUUCAAUAGAUUCUUCAUUUUUAAACAAAAACUUUAAUUUUACCUGGCGCGGCCCGAAUAAUUUUAUUAAUUGCUGUCUCUUUUUAUAUUUUCUAUCUCUUUCUUCCUGGGUAUUUGGCAGUUCAUCCAGAAGUGUCAACCUUUAACUUUUUCCUAUUUCUGUUAAAUACAUUUCAUCCUCUGUUCCUUAAAUAUAUGAUGUACUUUGGUUGUGUUUUUAAAUUUUGUUUAAUUUAUUUAUAUUAACCUCAAGAUUGGCGUCAAAUGUCAUUUCCUAACUGUUAGUGUACGUUCAUAACGGAGACCAUCGCAUCGUAUCCUCGCCUAGAUCCUAGCAUCGUAUCCUAGCCUAGAUCAUAGCAUCGUAUCCUAGCCUAGAUCAUAGCAUCGUACUCUUCAUGUUCGUGAAUUCUCGCAUUUAUGCAUUUAGGUCAGGAUAUGAUUGCGAUGGUCUCCGUUAUGAACGUACACUUAGAAACCAAGAUUGAUGCUAUGUUCUUAUAUUGUUUUAAAAUAAUUACAAUAUCAAGUCAUAAAAUAGUUUUUGAUGAUUUAGAUAACGUUUUAGCACUAACUCUAUAGUGGCAGCUUGAAAACUAUUAAUUACAGUAAUGUAAUAAUAUUUAGUAUUUUUUUUUUACUUUUUUGUACUAAGCAUAAUUAUGUGAUUAAUGCUAUUUAUGUAUACAUUUUUAUCACAAUUUUAUUAUUAUUUUAACUACUUAAUUAUCUAAUUGGCGUAUUGAAUGAAGUGUUGUUGCUCACGAUUAAUUUUAAUUAAUGUUAACGAUACUUUCCAGCAGAUGUCUCUUGUGAAAUGUAAGUUACACUUAAACUAUUGGUUAUAUCCUCGUAAAUCCAUCGUACGUCUUCAAUUUGAUGUCAUUUUCGUACAGCACUUUUGUGGCUUGGUUCCCUUGUGUAAAACAACUCGAGUGAAUUCAAAGUUAACAAACAUUUAUUUUCCAUUAUUGAGUUACAUAAUAAGGCGUAUAAUCUAAAAAAUGUUAAUAUGAAAUUACUGGGAUUUAAUAAUUUGUUCGAUUUCAAAAUCUGGAAGUCCCAUGAAUUCAAGAAAAGAGUUGUUUUAAAAAAAAUCCACUUUUGUGGCUUGGUUCCCUUUUACAAAAUAACUUAAGUCAAUUUGCAUAAAGGAACCAACCCACAUGGAUCUCUUCUGCAGAACGCUGUCAUGCUGCAACGAUAAUUUUGGUUGGUUCUUUCGCUCAUAGAGGACGGUAUAUAUCGUAUGUGGCUUGGUUCUUUUCUGCACAAUUAUCUACGGAGUAUUUUACAACCUAUGAGACUAUUAAUAGGAAAAAUACAUAUUUGUGGUUUGGUUCUUUUCUGCAGAAUCCCAUCCAAUUAUAUUACAGUCUACAACAAGCCCAAAUGUAUUUUAUAAGUUUCCAUGAAAUAAAAAUAAUUAAAAUUACUGAUUAACUCUUUGAAAGAAAUAAAUAAUAGGUUUGUUCUAGCAUCAGUUUCAAACGGUUUGAAACCAUCAGCGAAUAGUGGACCAGCGCGAGUAGAGGGGAUCGCAGCACUGGUGACUGUAUUAUGUUCUCUCACUGACCAACUGGUUGAUGACGGUUUCUGACUAGUUUGACUGUUUGCUAGAACAAACAUAUUGUCAUUUAAAUGAAACAGGUACAAAUAUGACAAAACUAAUAGAUCACGGUAAAAACAAAUAAAAACUUGUGGCUAACGGACCUGCUUCCAAGCCAUCUCUCUCUCACACACACAUACGAUUAUUUUUUUCCUUUGUAGUAAUAUGUUCACAUAUAUGAAUUCCCGUAUAGAUUUCGGAUUAUUUCCUUUAGUUAACGAAAUUUUAAGCGGUUGGAUGUAAAUUGACGACGUGCAAUGGACUUGAGAGGAAAUAAUAUAUAGUAAUUUUCAGAUUAGCUUAUUCGAAAAAUAAAUAUCACCUUUUACACUUUGGAAUAUUUGUAUCCUUUCUUAAAUCACAUGUAGCAUCGUUGUACAAUAAGCGCCACGCUAGUAGACACACGGGUACCUAAUUGCUGGGCUUGGGCAAAUCCGGUCCGUUCUCACCUGUGACUUUCAUGUCUGUCAUGUCGUGUGACUCUUAUGAAACUAUUCAAAAUAAUUGUUUUUCCAUACAAAAAAUACAUUAAUUAUUAAUAGUGUUGUUACUCUGCUUUAAAAUAAGUUUAUUCAAACACCAAUAAUAUUACAAUACUUUAUAGCUUUUACAACUUUAACAGCAUGACAACUAUAAACUUCAAAUACACCUGUUCUAUAAACUGUCAACUUUCUAUGUUUAUAUUGAUUUCCAUACAUUUUCUGACGUUCUAGACGUCACGAGCCAUAAAAGUAAACAGUACAACAAGUGAAAGAUCCAGGACUGUAUUAGCUCAAUGUACCCGUGUGUCUACUAACGUGGCGGUUACUGUAUAUUCGUCCGUCAAAAACCCCAACCGUAGUGAAAAAUAAAAGCUUUUUUCAAAAUCUCCAAGUCAUAUGCCACUUAUUAUCUAGCUGGAAGUACACAUUAGCUACAUAACCAUUUAUUUUACUAUAGAAAUGCAAUAAAGUAGUGUAAUAGAAACAACGAACGAACAAAACCUACCAGUAAGUUUAGUAUACAAUUUUAAUGUUCCAAACUAAAUAAAAACUUUAAAUAGCAAUACAUACACAAAAAAAAAACAAUUUGUCAGUUACUGCUCUACCGUCAAAUAUAUGAGAAAUAUUGCACCAUAAUUUGUGCGAUGUCAUUCCGUCAUUUUUUAUAGGUUAAUAUCCACUACUUGAUGUUAAAUAAAUCAUGUUGUAUAUGUUGGUACAACCAACAUAAUACCUUUCUCAUACGAAGACAUACGUCUAGAAAUACUUAUUUAAAAUAAGUGCUCUAUCUCUCUGUUUGUGUGUCCAACGCCGUUCCUCCGUCUCUCUUUUCAUCUAUUGUGUUCAAAUUUCUACAGUUUGCAUGGCUUCCUCAGCUAGGCCCAAGUUCUAAAAGCGCUGUCAACCCAAUAACUCUUUUAAUUUAGUGAAGAUAUUGUAAAUCAGUAUACCAGUUUCAAGUAGUAAAAUAAAUGAGUCCUUCACGGGUUAAUAUUUCUAUGAUUAUUACACGUUCAGUGAAGUUAAAAAUGUCGCGUAGUACCUUUGAGCAUUAAAUGGAUCAAUAAUAUUUUUCCCCUUUUUCUGGUCUAAAAUACGUUUGCCAUAGAUUUUAUUACGACACGUAGUGUUUUUUACUGUUGGAUAAUGAAACAACCCUUUCAAUUUCAUUUUCUGGCCCUCCCUCUUAAAAUAAAUCCAACCGGAUUUACUUUUCUUAUAUUUUGCUUUAGAAGAAGGUAACAGUAGAGCCCUUAGAAUAUAAAAUAAACUUUAAAUCUUAAACAAUAAGCUUUAAAGCUUAACUUAAAUAUUCUAAGGUAGAGCUUAUUAACCUCUUAAAAAAAGACGGUGUGACAUUGAAAUGAAUUACUUUCUACUUUAAUAAUUAUAUAGAGAUAACACUCAAAAUAUCAAUACAAUCACAAAUACCAUUUACCAUAGACUUACCUUAGCUUUAUUCCGAAGACAUUUAAUAUAAACAUAAUUCUCCGUUCAGAGUAGCAAUACUUACUGAUAAAUGUGACUAAAAUAACGCAAACAUUAUAGAUAGUUCCCACUUUAAAAUUUAGAUUAUACAGAAUAAAAUAAACUAAAAAUGGGAGACAAACAAUAUGUUACAUAUGUAUAUAUGUUUUUGAUGUGCGACAAGAAAAAAUAUUUCUUAUAAAUAACUUUUAUGGCAAAUAAUAUGUUAAAUAACUGAUUAUACAGGGUCUAACAAAAAGGCAGGUCAUAAAUUAAAUCACAUAUUCUGCGACCAAAAAUAGUUCUAUUGAACCUAACUUACCAUAGUACAAAUGUGCACAUAAAAAAGUUACGACCCUUUGAAGUUACAAAAUGAAAAUCUGGUUUUUCCAAUAUAUCGAAAACUAUUAGAUUUUUUAUUGAAAAUGAACACGUGACAUUCUUAUGGCAGGAACAUCUUAAAAAAUAAAAGUGAAAUUUGUGCACCUCAUAAAAAAUGUACGAGGGUUUUGUUCCCUUAAACUCCCCCAAACUUUACUAUCCCAAAUUGUGGUACCAUUAGUUAAACACAAUGCUUUUAAAACUUGUUUGUCUCUUAGUACUUUUUCGAUAAGCCAGUUUUUAUCGAGAAACAUUUUUUAAAUCCACCACAUAUUUGUAAAUGGUUAAGUAAGAUUAUAGAGAAUCUGGUUGUAAUAUGAAAAUUUAUUUAUAAUUUACAUUUUUUAGGUAUAUUUUGAAACAUAUUAAAAAAGAAGCCACAUCUCGAAAAAGCUGGCUUAUCGAAAAAAUACUUUUUUAGGCAAAAAGUUUUAAAAACAUUUUGUUUGAUUAAUGGUACCACAAUAAUAAUUUAAUUGGAACGUACACAAACAUUUACGGGGUUUAAGGGAACAAAACCCCCCAAAAAUUGUUAUGGGGUGCACAAAUUUCACUGUAAUUUUUUUUUUAGAUGUUCCUGUCAUAAGAAUGCCACGUGUUCAUUUUGUAAGUUCAAAGGGCUGUAACUUUUUUUAUGUGCACAUUUGUACUAAGGUAAGUUAUUCAAUCAAACUAUUUUUCAUCUCAGAAUAUGUGAUUUAAUUUAUGACCUGUCUUUUUGUUACACCCUGUAUAAUAUAAAUACAUCACAGAAAAUAUUGUCAGUCGCUUAUAUAGUACCUAAUUUAUUUUUUCUAGCAUAUAUUUCGUGAUAUUCAAUAUAUUACAUAAUGGGGCAGCUGUUUAAUGGUAAAUUUUAUGCGUAAAGGUUUUGGUAACUAGUUCUAAAUUAUUUUUUGUAAGAUCAACAGAUUCCAUAAGUGGAUACAAGAGUUCAAUACUUGUUCACAACUUUGUUAUCGAUUCUAUAGCUUGUUAGUCAAAAUCUUAUUUACCUUUCGCUGUUGCCAAAUUAGGUACUGUACCGACAUUAUAUCCAAACACAGAAUAAUUUUGUGUAUUAUGUGUCAGUGGCAUCUCGUGUGAGCACUGGGUACUAUAUUAUUUACAUUUUUACGAAAUGUACAUAAAAUGCAUUUGGAUAGGAAAUUAUUGCCGAAUCCCGAUUAUCAAACAUUAUUUGAUACAGGGUUGAUAAUAAAAACAAAACUUAGAGUAAGAGACAAUCUAAUAUUUGAUUCGCUAAUACCCAAAAUAGAUUUAUAUAUGUACACACUUGUUAGAUAAUUGCAUUUUUACCGUGUUUAGAAUUAAAAUAAUAACAUAUCUUAAGCAUUUUACGUUUAUAAUUGGUAAAGUGAAAAAACGAUAAAUCAGUAGAGAAAGAACAGAAUAAAAAAUUAUUUUUAUUUCUAUUAAUAUGCUAUGUUCCUCUGUCAUUUCGCUUUAAACUUAGUUCCAGUUAUCCCAUAAUAGUUUUUUCUGUUUUCCUGUUUGUAAUAUAUAAUAAUCCUAAGCCUAUUAUGCUAAAGUCCGUCCCACCUUGACUUUACAGUAUAGGGAACAUAGGCAAUGCAGUCCUUAUGAGAAUUUUUAGCGCGGUUAUGCCGAUUUUAUCGAAAAGAAUUUGUAAUCGAACAUUAGAGAGAUUAAAUUAAAACUGUUUUAGAACGGCAAUAUACAAUUUUAGGAUUCAUAUGCGUAAUAACUCUAGUAUAUUUUUUUCCGUCAACGUUUUUUAAUACGUGAGUAUUUUUCAGUUUUACGGGGGUAUAUUUAAGUUUCUUGUGGAGGUUGAAACUGUCGUGUUUUUUUAGAGGUCUUUUAUUUCUUGAUAUGAGUUUUCGAGCCAAGAUUCUUUGGCUUGCUUAAUUUUUCUUUUUACGAGUUUGUCGAUAUCACAGUAUUUGUUAAUAUUUCUAUGUGUCAUCCACUCAUUUUUUGCCAGUAGGUACUCAUUAUAGGUGUUUUCAAAGACUCUUACUUCGUCUAAAAUCGAUUUUUCUAUGUUGUACCAAUAUUCGUUGAUGGUUCUAUUUAUGUUUGGUAUAUUCGUUAUUUUGUGUAUUUUUCUAUUUAUCUGCGUGAUAUGUGUUCCCGUGUUUGAGGGUUUCUAAAGGGGUCGAGAUAUAUCUUACUAGGCUUAGUUAAUUUCUUUAAUUUGAUUUGUAUUUUGGAGCAGAGUAGAUUAUAAUUUGAGUUUAUAUCAGCGCCGAGGUACGUUUUUACAUAUUUAAUAUUGUUUCCAAAUCGGUGGUUUACUAAGAAAAAAAACUUUAUACUUGUUACUAAUAAUAAUUAUUAUCAACAUCGUUUUGUUACUGUAAGUUGAUUCAUAUACGUCAUUUAUAAAUGGCCUGUUUUUUAAUAAAACAUAAAACUCACUGCAGUUUUUUUAUAGUAUUAAUGUUUGAAAAAAUUCUCAAGGUAUGUCCAUUUAAUUUUCCUGAGACUGAUUCCCUUUCUUCGAAAUAUCUAGUUUAAUAGUAAUGCAAACAUUGUCACUAUCACAGCAUUUAUUGUUUUCGUUUUUAAAAGAGUGAUAUAUAUUGUAGAAAAAUGCUUCAUCAGGUAUAUACAUGUGUAUUUAUUUUGCAUGAAGAAAUAUAAUAGUUUUUACAAA